AUGGAGAGGCGAGGGGCGAGCGGGCCGCUGGUGGUGAAGGUGCCGCGAUGGCAAGAGGGACUGCUUGCGGCCAGCGUGCUCGCCGUCAGCUUCCGCAGCUCGAGCGCCAAAAACUGGAAACGUAACCUUCAAAGGCCCUGGGUCAAGCCGCUGAUCUACGGCACGGCCGGUGCGGCCUCCCUGCUCGUGUGGCGCAGCAGCACCGCGAUCACCUUCGGGUCUUCCUCGACCUCGAUGAAGACUGCAGCGCUGGCCCUCUACGGCUGCGGCCUGCUGCUCGACAUGGCCUGGUCGCCCAUCCUCUACGGCGCCAAGCUGGUGGGCGCGGCCGCGGUGGACCGCGCCGUGGCCAGCGUGGCCCUGGGCGCUGCGCUGCCGGUCUUUGGCAUCAGCAACCCGAUCGCCGCGGCCCUUCUGCUCCCGCUGUUCGCGUGGGAGUGCUGCGGGGCCUACUGGACCUACUGCCUGUGGCAGCUCAACCGGCACCACAUCCGCGAGACCAAGCGCCGGGGCCGCGACAACCACGGCUACAACGCCCCUCUCGGCGAGGAGUAG